CCGCCGCCGCGAUGGUGUCCGUCACGAUGGCCACCUCGGAGUGGAUCCAGUUCUUCAAGGAGGCCGGCAUCCCCCCCGGGCCCGCCGUCAACUACGCCGUCAUGUUCGUCGACAACAGGAUUCAGAAGAACAUGCUCAUGGACUUGAACAAGGAGAUCCUGAACGAACUGGGCGUCACCGUGGUCGGGGACAUCAUCGCCAUUCUCAAGCAUGCCAAAGUCGUCUAUAGGCAGGAAAUGUGCAAGGCAGCCACGGAGUCCGUUGCUUCCAGCCAAAGCACCGUCCAGUCCGAGCUCCGCAGGAAUGCCACCAGUGCUGCCAGCAGGAUGAUCGCAAACAGCCUCAGCAGAGACUCCCCACCGUCCACUCCUGUCCGGAGGCCGGACAGCAGCACCUCCAAGAUCUCCGUCACAGUGUCCAACAAACUGGCCGUGAAGAACGCCAAAGCAGCUCUGUGCAGCACAGCAGACGAGACUCCCGCCACCGCAGCCCCAGUGAAGCGCCGCCGGGUCACGGCCGAGAUGGAGGGGAAGUACAUCGUCCACAUGCCCAAGGGCACCACGCCCAAGACCAAGAAGAUCCUGGAGCAGCAGGCAGCCAAAGGUUUGCAGAGAACCUCAGUGUUCGACCGGCUGGGUGCAGAGACCAACGCGGACACGACCACAGGCAAUAAGCCCACGGGCGUCUUCAGCCGGCUGGGGGACCUGCGGGAGACGGAGGAGGACAAAGCGGCUGAGAGCGAGGAGGACGACAGCUCCGUCCUGCAGUACGCUGGGGUGCUGAAGAAAUCCUUCCGGCCCUCCACCCCGCAGGAGAGCGCCAAGGCCAGGGUGACCAUCAAGGCCAAAGCCACCAGCUCCGAGGCCGAGCAGCCGGCGAGCAAAAGCCCCCGGAAGGAAAAGGCGCCGGAGUCGCCCUCCGCGAGCUGCGUGGUGGCCAAGAGGCUGGGCAAGCGGUCUCUGCCCGGGGAGGCCCAGGACAGCAGCAUCACCAGCUCCCGGAGCAGACCGGAGUCUGAGCUGCAGGUCACCAUCCAGAGGACUUUGGGCAGCGCCAAGGUAAGCAGCACCUCGGAAGGAGGCCACAGCGCCCAGAUGGACAACACGGGCACAGUCAGCGUCUUUAAGCGGCUGGGCAGAAGGACAGUGUGACACCGCGGGGCCCCU